AUGCAGAUACGAGUGAUAUGCGUGUGCGAUCUGGGAAUCCUCACCGGCUCCAGGGACAAGACCAUCAAGCUUUGGGUGGAGGGCGACGAUGGGGAGUACACAGAGGCAUCAAUGUUUGUGGGACACACCGACUUUGUGUCUGCACUGGCCUUUGCUCCUGCCUCCUCGAUCCACCCCGACGGCCUUGUGGUGUCCGGAGCCCGGGAUGCCACUGUGCGCCUGUGGAAUCCGGUUCGUUUCACUGAGCUGCAAAUCCUGGAGGGACACAAGUACCAGGUGGGAGGGGGGAAGAUGGGGGUCUGCCAGCAGGUGCUGACCGGCCACACCGGCCCCGUGCUCUGCACGCUGCGAGUGCCCCGUGGGGAUGUGUGGUCCGGGUCGGGGGACGACAGCAUCCGAGUCUGGCGGGAGGGAACGUGCGUGGACGUGAUCCCCGCCCACGCCGACACCGUCAGGCACCUCGCCUUCGUCCCCGGCAGCGGUCAGGCCGUCUCCGCGUCCCACGACACCACCCUCAAGGUGUGGGACGUGGAGGCCAGGGCCUGCACGUCCCAGCUCUGGGGCCACUCCUCCCUGGUGUACGCUGCCGCGGCGACGCCCGGGGGCCUGCUGGCCUCCGGCUCCGAGGACAACACCUCGCGCCUGUGGCACCUGGGGGGCGGCCCCAGCCUCCAGACCCUGCCACACCCUGGCUGUGUGUGGACGGUUGAUUUCCUGCCGGACAGCGACCUGGUCACGGGGUGCGCGGACGGCGUGGCGCGCCUGUUCACGCAGGACUCCUCACGGGCGGCGGGGGCCGAGGCGGUGCAGGUGUUUGAGGCCACGCUGGCGGCUGCAGCCGAGGUGGCGGCAGCCAAGGAGGGCGCCGGGGAGGGCGGCGCCGCUGCGGGCCUCAAGCUGGAGGACCCCUCUGUGCUGCGGGAGCCGGGGACGCACCCGGGUCAAACGAGGGUGGUGCGUGAGGGGGGCACCGGCAUGGCAUACAGCUGGAAUGCGGCCAGCCAAAGCUGGGACGUGGUGGGCGAAGUGGUGGGCGGGCCUGGGGGCGGCGAGGACACGCUGGCGCCGGCGGGAAGCCGCGUCGUGGGCGGCCGCACCUGGGACUACGUCUUCGACGUGGACGUGGAGGACGGCUCGCCGCCUCGGCGGCUGCCGGUGGACGCGGGCGAGAACCCCUACGUCGCGGCCGACCGCUUCCUGGCUGCCGAGGACCUGCCCACCAGCUACCGGGAGCAGAUCGUGUCCUUCAUCCUCCAAAACACGCCAUCGGGGCAAUCCUUACCUGGAGCGUCGUCGGGGCACGCGGGCGAUCCGUUCACGGGGGCAAACGCGUACGUCCCGGGUGCCCCCUCCGCUGCACCCCCGAUGCGCCCCUCACCGGGCCUUACCAGCGUGGUGGGCGGGGGCCCCGAUCCCUUCACUGGCUCCGCCGCGACCCCCGGCCUCAUCCCCGCAGCACGCUACCUGGUCUUCGAUGCCCUGCCCGACCCGGCGGCCGUCGCGCGCAAGCUGGGCCAGCUGGCGCCGGGGGUCCCCGCGCCCGUCGACGCCGCGCGUGUCGAGGCACUGGCGGCCGCCCUCUGCGCCCCCACCGCGGCCGCGCCCAGCGCCGCGCAGGCCGAGACGCUGGCCCAGCUGCUGGCGUACCCGGCCGCCGCCCUCUUCCCCGCCCUCGACCUGGCGAGGCGCGACGCCCCGGCGCCCACGCGCCUCACCGCCGCGCGGCUCGUUGCCAAUCUGUACGCCGAGCCGGAGACGCGCGAGUGGGCGCGGGCGGGCGGCGCGGCGCUGACGGCGGCGCUGGCCACGGCGCUGCCGCCGGAGACCAAGGCCGCGCGCCACGCGUUAGUCACCGCGCUGCACAAUGCGGUGCUGGCCCUCGUGGCCGCGGACGUGGCGGGGGGUGCCGAGAUCCUGUCUGCGGCGAGCGACGUGCUGCUGAGCACGCCGGGGGAAGAAAGCGAGACACGGGUGCGUGGCCUCGUGGCCUUGGGCACCCUGCUGCACACUGUGCGGCCUCUGCGGGGGGGGGCGCGGGGCCUGGGCCUGGAGGAAGUCGCCGCGCAGCUGGGCGGCGAGGGAGGGGACGUGGGGCAGGCCGCGCGGGAACUGCGGGCCAUGCUGGCGAGGUAG